AUGGAAAGAGCUGCCCCUGUUACCGAUGACGCAAGUAAGGAUAACAGUAAAAGCAAAGCUGUUUUACUUGGUGAAGAAAUCAUUGCUGCACAGUGGUACGUGUAUGUGUCGCAGGUUAACGUUCCAAAGACCAGAAAGACCUACUGUAAGGGUAAGGCUUGUCGCAAGCACACCCAGCACAAAGUUACUCAAUACAAGGCUGGUAAGGCUUCCUUGUUCGCCCAAGGUAAGAGAAGAUAUGACCGUAAGCAAUCUGGUUUCGGUGGUCAGACCAAGCCAGUUUUCCACAAGAAGGCUAAGACUACCAAGAAGGUUGUCUUGAGAUUGGAAUGUGUUGUCUGCAAGACCAAGGCUCAAUUGUCCUUGAAGAGAUGUAAGCACUUUGAGUUGGGUGGUGACAAGAAGCAAAAGGGUCAAGCUUUGCAGUUUUAAGCAUGCUGUUUCAAUUUUUUUACGCCCGUUAUUCGGCGGGUGUUUCUCUCAUCUUAUCUUUCGUUCCUUUUUAUCUGAUUAGGUACUGAUUUUAUGUGUAAUUAUUGUGUGUUUAGAUUAGCAAAACAUUACUUCAACGUUUUUUAAAGUU